AUGCAAGAGAGUAUCAAGUUAAAACGAUCACAUUCAGAUCCAAUGAAAGAUUUACUCACAGCUAAGGUGUAUUUUUCUAUAGGUUAUCCUCAACAAAAGAGCUUGGAAAAUACUGAAUUUGCAUCCAGUUCAAAUAAGCGAGAAGAACAUUUGGCUAAACUAUUUGAUGAAAUUCUACUGGAAGUGUUUUCCGAAGUCCCGUAUGACGCACCAUUUGACGACACAAGAACAGCAGGCAAAUCCAUUACAAAGAGAGACAUGAAAGAAAGAGCCGGUGUUGCUGGGAAUCCUUCUGAACCAGAAUUUUUCCUUGGCAGCGAGGACAGAAUUUCCAGUGAAGAUCACAUUUCAGAGGAGAAGAGGGAUAAAGAAUCCUCUCUGUUCAGUACGGAUAGAAGUGAGCAGUUAACUACUGUAGGUAAAGAAGCACUUCAAGAAGCAAUUAGUCCAGAUACUCGAAAUAGGAACAUGCCAUGCACACAGCUUCUGCACUUCCUCCAGAGGAACAUCAUCAUCGCCGCUGUCUCGGUGGCGGGGAUCCUCGUGGCCACAGCGUUGGUGCUGCUGGUGUUGACCACAUAUCUCAGGAGGAAACAGCCUUUACAUCCUCCAGCAAGCAUGACAUAUAAUAUUUUUAUAAUGAAUGGGAAGUCUUGGUGGCAAAAGUCUCAAGAAAAGAACCCCAGAAAAUAUGCAGGAAAACAGAAACAGUUGAAUUGCAACUCCCGUGUCUAA